AUGUUCUCGCGUUUAUUUGUGCGCACGAUACAACACACAUUUUCAUCCAAAUUUCCGAUCGUAACUAUACCGGCUACAUCUGUGAGAUGUGCUUCAUCUACAGGAACCAAUGAGUUCAAGAAAUUUGCACGCAUUUACCUCAAAUAUGCAGUAGUUACUGUAGGUGGUGUAAUAACAUGUCAAUUUGUUUAUGGAUACUACAAAUGGACUGUUCAAGUACCAAUCUGUCCCAACUGCGAUCGGAAUCAAAAUAUCAAUAUGAAUAACGUUCUGGCAUGUACUGCUUUGGUACAAAAUCGUGAUAAACAAUGCUCAGGCGAACAACUAAUGGUCAAAGCUGGUGCUGCUACAGGUGUUAAUUUCAAACUGAGUAAAUCUCAAACUAAUUCUUCGAAUUUAUCAACAAACAUUCUUUUAAGCGAUGAUGAUAUGAUCCAGAAAAACAUUUUCCAAGAGAAAUAUGUUUUAACGUAUUUUGAAACAUUGGCUGAUUUAAUUGUCAAAUUAGAUGAGCCUCAUCUAGUCAAUCUACUAAGCAAUAGAAUUGGCUAUUAUAUUUUUAUCUGUCCGAUCUGCCAUUCAUCGUUAACUCGACAAAUGGCAUCAUGCACUUCGUACUUGCAUCAAGCUGGAUUAGAAAACCAUGCUGCUGAUAUAUCGGAAAUGACAUCAGACACAAAAUAA